AUGUGGAGGUUGUUUAACUUUGAUAUUCACUACAGACACCCGUCCGUAAUUAGGCUAAGCUUUCAUCUCCCCGAUCAGCAGCCAAUUGUCUUCAAUGAAAACCAGUCGUUACAAACUGUGUUGGAUAGGCCAUCUGCCAAGCAAACUAUGUUCCUGGCGUGGUUUGAGGCCAACAAGAACUAUCCACAUGCAAGGGAUUUGAGGGAUGCAUGUUAUGUGUUGGGUUUGCUAGAUGACGACAAGGAAUACAUAGAUGCAAUAAAAGAAGUGAAUACUUGGGCAUCGGGGGAAAAUGUAAGAAGGUUAUUUGCGGUUAUGCUGCUUUCCAAUAGCUUAAGUCGGCCCGAACAUGUUUGGCAAAGUUGUUGGUUGGAUUUGGCUGAGGGUAUUGCUUACAAACAACAACGUCUUCAUAAAAAUCCAGAUUUACAUAUAUCGGAUGAAAGCUUGAAGAACUAUACUCUCACCGAAAUAGAAAAAAUAUUGCAAAGCAAUGGUAAAAGCCUGCAAAAUUACGUGCCUAUGCCAGUUCCAAUAGAAUACUCAUCUGAGGACACAGAAAACAUAUUGGUGUUAGAUGAACUGGAUUACAACCGGUUUGAAAUGGGUAGAGAACUUCAACAGUGUCUUGCUUCCAUUACAGAUGAGCAAAGAAAGGUUUAUAAUGUAGUCAUGGAUGCAGUAACCAAUGACAGUGGUGGAAUGUUCUUUCUAUAUGGCCAUGGUGGAACGGGAAAGACGUUUCUAUGGAAAACUCUUUCGGCUGCAGUUCGUUCGAAGGGAGAGAUUGUAAUUAAGGUUGCAUCGAGUGGUAUAGCAUCGUUAUUGCUCCCCGGUGGAAGAACAGCUCAUUCUCGAUUCGGACUACCCAUAAAUGUACAUGAGAGUUCCACCUGCAGCAUAUCGCAACAAAGUCCACAGGCAGAGUUGCUCAUAAGGGCAAAGCUUAUUAUAUGGGACGAGACUCCUAUGAUGCAUAGAUACUGUUUUGAAGCCCUUGACAAGACAAUGAAGUCAAUAUUACAGGCUGAUAAACCCUUUGGUGGUAAGGUGGUUGUUCUUGGAGGUGAUUUUAGGCAGAUUUUACCAGUUGUGCUCAAAGCAUCAAGGCAAGACAUAGUACAUGCUACGAUAAACUCCUCUCCGCUGUGGAAUUUCUGUCGUGUCAUGAAGUUGACUAAGAACAUGAGAUUGCAGUCAUGCUCUUCUCCAUCUAAUGUGGAUGAGAUAAAAGAAUUUGGAGACUGGAUAUUGAAUGUUGGUAAUGGGGAUGUUGGGGAAGACAAUGAUGGUGAAGCUUCGAUAGAAAUUCCAGAUGACAUGUUGAUUGGUGAUUCAGAAGAUCCAUUCAGAGACUUACUCGAGUUCGUUUACCCGGAUUUGUUGAGUAACAUGUACGAUCGAGAUUAUUUUCAAGGGAGGGCAAUUCUAGCACCAACUAAUGAAUGCGUCGAGUCUGUGAACGAUCACUUAAUGUCUCUCCUUCCAGGAGAGGAGAAGGUGUACCUGAGCUCAGGUAGUAUGUGUAGGGACGAGCACACAACGGAGGAUAAUGCAGAAAUUUAUUCGACUGAAUUCCUCAACACAAUAAGAUGCUCCGGAGUUCCUUCUCAUGCGUUGAGGAUCAAGGUUGGUGCACCCGUUAUGCUAAUAAGAAACAUCGAUCAAGCUAGAGGAUUGUGCAACGGUACCAGACUUCAAAUUAUUAGAACUGGCAUUCACGUUCUGAGUUGCAAAAUUCUUUCCGGAAAAAAUAUCGGUGACAUGGUGUUCAUUCCUCGGAUGACAUUAAUACCAUCUAACUCCGAACUGCCAAUUAAAUUUCAGAGGAGACAAUUUCCGUUGAUUGUUUCUUUUGCAAUGACGAUAAAUAAAAGCCAAGGCCAAACUCUUUCGCAUGUUGGUUUGUAUCUGUAG